AUGGAAAGAAGUCUUGUAAACAACAUCACUGAAUUUAUACUUAUUGGGUUCCCAACGCGUCCAGAGUUGCAAUGUGUUCUCUUUGCUGUGUUCUUAGUGAGUUAUGUUCUAAUACUUGCUGAAAAUGUGGUCAUCAUGGUAACUAUCAAACUUAAUAAAAAGCUCCAUAAGCCAAUGUACUAUUUAUUGUGCAGCCUCUCUUUUUUGGAAAUUUGGUAUGUUACGGUCACCAUACCAAACCUUCUCUACAAUCUUAUGACUCAAAACAAGAAGAUAUCAUUUAGAGCAUGCAUGACCCAGCUUUCUAUUUUCAUAUCACUGGCCUGCACUGAAUGCGUCCUUCUAGCAGUUAUGGCCUUCGAUCGGUAUAUUGCCAUUUGUCUCCCUCUUCACUAUACUGUCAUUAUGAGUGACAUUUUCUGUCUGCAACUGGCCAUUGGAUCCUGGGUUGUUGGAUUUUCCAUUGCUAUGAUCAAAGCCAUUUUGAUCUUCAGAUUGACAUUCUGUGGACCCAAUGUUAUCAAUCAUUUCUUCUGUGAUAUCUCUCCAUUAUUAAAUCUAUCCUGUACUGACAUGUCUUUUACAGAACUAGUGGAUUUCAUCCUUGCCAUGAUAGUUAUCAUGAUUCCUCUUGUGCUAAUAAUUAUCACCUAUAUAUGCAUUCUUUGGACUGUUAUGAGAAUCCCAAACAACCAAGGGAGGCAGAAGGCUUUGUCUACCUGUGCUUCACAUCUCACUAUUGUUAUUAUAUUUUUUACAACCACGUUAUUUAUUUAUGCUAGGCCCAGAAAGGCCAACCCCUUUGACAGAAACAAAUUUGUGACUAUAUUUUAUUCUGUUGUGACUCCGCUCUUAAAUCCUAUUAUUUAUUGUUUGAGAAACACUGAGGUUAAAGAGGCUUUUAAAAACACAUUUUGUAUCUAG